AUUAUUUCACUAAAUGGAUCGAAGCAGCUUCUCAUUCGGCUUUAAAUGCCAAGAAGGCAGCACAGUUUGUUCGUACUAACAUCCUUUGUCAGUACGGAACACCAUUUGAGAUCAUUACGGAUAACGGGUCUCACUUUCAGAGCGAAUUUUCUAAUUUGUUGAAAGAAACGAAAAUUCGGCACCAUAAAUCCUCGCCCUACCGUCCACAAACGAAUGGGGCUGUAGAAGCUGCAAAUAAGGCUAUAAAAGUCAUUUUGCAGAAGACAGUUAAAAAGCAUAAAGCUUGGCAUGAACAGCUCAUGAACAGCUAUACAAAUGCUUAUGGGGAUAUAGGACUUCGAAUUAGAACGCCACCGGAAAGCAAACGUCUGUAUUCGUGGUAUAUACGGUUGGAAGCAGUUAAUUGCCUAUUGACGCUGGAAGUUCAUCGGCAGGACAAGAAAGUCAGAUCAGUGAGGCAGAUUGGGCGAAGAAUUAUCAUUUGCAACUUUUGGGUAUGGAUGAAAAGCGGUUGCAAGCAAUCCACCAAACUCAAGUCUACCAGAGAUGAAUGGCACGGCAUUUUAACAAGAAGGUCAAAGACCGAAAACUCGAAGAAGGUUGUUUGGUUCUGA